AUGGGUCUCGCAUUUUCCAAGAUCUUCGACAAGCUUUGGGGAAAGAAGGAGAUGAGAAUUCUGAUGGUCGGUCUUGACGCCGCCGGAAAGACUACGAUUCUCUACAAGCUCAAGCUCGGUGAAAUCGUCACGACCAUUCCUACCAUUGGUUUCAACGUCGAGACCGUCGAGUACAAGAACAUCCAGUUCACCGUGUGGGAUGUCGGUGGUCAGGACAAGAUUCGUCCUCUGUGGAGACAUUACUUCCAGAACACCCAGGGUAUCAUCUUCGUCGUCGACAGCAACGAUCGCGACCGUAUCGUCGAGGCCCGUGAGGAGCUCCAGCGCAUGCUCAACGAGGACGAGCUGCGGGAUGCCAUUCUCCUGGUCUUCGCCAAUAAGCAGGAUUUGCCCAACGCCAUGAACGCCGCCGAGAUCACAGACAAGCUUGGCCUUCACUCCCUGAGACAACGCGCCUGGUACAUCCAGUCCACUUGCGCUACCUCCGGUGAUGGUCUCUACGAGGGUCUCGAGUGGCUUGCCACCACCCUGCGCAAGGCGGGUCACCAGUAA